AUGCUAUCUAUAUCUCUAUCUAUCUCUCUCUUUCUAUAUAUAUAUAUCUAUCUAUAUCUUGCUCUCUCUAUAUAUCUAUCUAUCUAUAUCUUGCUCUCUCUAUAUAUCUAUCUAUCUAUAUCUUGCUCUCUCUAUAUAUCUAUCUAUCUAUAUCUUGCUCUCUCUAUAUAUCUAUCUAUCUAUAUCUUGCUCUCUCUAUAUAUCUUGCAUGUAUCAAAUGAGGCUUAUUUGGCUGAGAACCUCGAGAGGUUAAGCAAGAAUGCCUAUAACAAGGAUCAGGAGGAGGAGAUCGGUGAAGCCUUCUUGAAGUUCUCACGAGUCACCAAAGAGCUCUCAGCCCUGAUGAAGAACCUGAUAACAAGUCUAAACAACAUACUGCUGUUUCCUCUAGACAACUUCCUCAAGGGAGAACUCAAAGGAGUAAAGGGAGAUUUGAAGAAACCUUUUGAUAAAGCAUCGAAAGAAUAUGAAUCGAAGUUCUCCAAGAUAGAAAAAGAAAAGAAACAACAGGCCAAAGAAGUGGGAAUGAUUAGGUCUGAGGUAUCUGGGCCAGAGAUCGCUGAAGAAAUGGAAAAGGAAAGAAAGAUGUUCCAGCUUCAGGCAUGUGAAUACCUGAUAAAAGUAAAUGAAAUUCGUACAAAAAAAGGAGUUGACCUCUUACAGCACCUAGUUGAAUAUUACCAAGCCCAGACCACUCUAUUCCAAGAUGGAAUCAAAACUAUCACUCAUUUUAGCAGUUUUAUCGACGGCUUAGUUGGACAGCUUCGCAAAAUUAAACAGAGGCAAGAUGAGGAACGAAGGCAGCUUAUUGAGCUGAGAGAUGUUCUCAAGAAUUCCAUGUCUUCUUUCAAAGAGCAUGCACACCAUCGGCUAUCUGGAGGCAGCUGGAUUCCGUCCUCCUGUAGUUCCAUGUCUGGUUAUAGUCUCCAUCAGCUCCAAGGGAACAAGAGUCACGGCUGUGAAAAGACAGGUUAUUUGCUCAAGAAGAGUGAAGGCCGGAUGAGGAAAGUUUGGCAAAAGAGGCGUUGUAUCAUUAAAGAUGGAACCAUGUCUAUCAGCCAUCAAGACGAGAGUAAAGAACCUGUCAGACUGAAUUUACUCACCUGUCAGGUGAAGUUGGUUCCUGAUGACCCUGGCAAAAAAUGUUUUGAUCUUAUAUCCAGCUCAAAAAACAGAACGUACCAUUUCCAGGCAGAUGAAGAAAAGGAGAUGGAAGAGUGGAUAUCAGUAUUAAACAAUGCCAAGGAAGAAGUGUUACUGAAAGCAUUCCAGGAUAAUAGCAACUCCACUUCGAUCAGUCAACGUGUCCGAGAACUGACCAGUAGUAUAAUUGACCGUGUAAAGAGACUACCUGGAAAUCAGUUUUGUUGUGACUGCGGAGCCCCUGAUCCGGAGUGGCUGUCGACAAAUCUUGGUAUAUUAAUUUGUCUCGAGUGUUGUGGUAUUCAUCGAGAAGUAGGAGUACACAUCAGUCGGACACAAAGUAUUGUGAUAGAUGAACUAGGAACCUCCCAAUUACUUUUGGCACGUGUUGUAGGGAACAGCGGAUUCAAUGAUAUAAUGGAGGCAAAACUUGCAUUGGAUCCUUCAUUAAAGCCAAAGCCUACAAGUGGCAUGAAUGAACGCCGUGAAUUCAUCAAAGCUAAAUAUGAACAACAUAAAUAUGCUAUCCAGACAUGCACAGACAAGGAAGAAUUGAAACAAGAUCUUCAGCAAGCAAUUACAUCAAAGGAUAUAUUUGCCCUUUUGCAAGUUCAUGCAGAGGGGUUGGAACUAAUGUCCACCCUCCCCAAAGCGGAGGAUGAUGAGACUUCACUCCACAUGGCAAUUAGUCAAGAUGAUGGAAAUAGUUUAUAUAUGGUCGACUUCAUAAUACAGAACAGUAGCAUCUCUAGUCUAGACAAAACCACGAAGGAUGGAAAUACAGCUCUUCACCUAUGCGCUCAACUUAACAAGUCUGAAUGUAUGAAGCUCUUACUGCGGACCAAACCUGAUAUGGCCACGUUAGCAAAUAAGGCAGGCCAGACUGCGCUGGAGAUAGCAAAGGAGAAUAACCACCAACUGUGUGCAGAACUGCUGAAAGCUGCUCUAGAAAACAGAAAAGAUCUCUUUGAAAAUGUCAAUAUUGACUGGGAUCUUAUGAUUGAGGAGCCCGUCUACCAACCUGAGUGUUAUAGUGACGAUGAUAUUGAUGGUGCCCCUGAGUACAAAAAACCCCGAUCUAGACCUUCCAGUGUAAUUGGGAUUAAUGAGACAACAGCCCCUGCCUCUGUAUCCAGAGAAGGCCUUAAUCGGGACAAGGUUGAUUUGGAAUCUGGCCGUCCUCCGCCGCUUCCACCACCGCUGAACAAGCCUACGACCUUGCUAACACCUGGCCUGAAUCAAAUUGGUGUGGCUGGAGGACUACCGGCUCAAACAAAUGGAACGUCCCUGCAGAGCUCUGCCCACAGCUACAACCACAGCGCUCAAGGCGGACAGAGUCUGCCGCCUCUACCACCUAAAAAGAAGCCACCAGCCCCCAUUCCACCAUCUGGCCACACCAGGAACUGGUCAGAGCCCAAUGCCUCCUUUUUGGGUCAUCAUCGCACACCUUCUGACCCACCGCCUUCGCGACCCUUCCCAUCAAAUGUUGAGAACCGAAAUACAGUGCAUGUUCCAGUAGGUACCAAGUUGGUGUUGCCAAAGCCGCCCGACACAGAAAGUGUCCUCCCACCCCCAUUACCGCACCCCCGCAGUACAAGGGCUUCUUCUUUGAAUAGCGCCGUAUAUAAUAACUUUCUUUUUUUUUUUUUUUUUCCUUUUCUGUUUUCCCCUUUUUCCUUUUCUGUUUUCCCCUUUUUUCUUUUCGGUUUUCCCCUUUUUUCUUUUCGGUUUUUCUUUUCUUUUCUGUUUUCCCCUUUUUUCUUUUCGUUUUUUUUCUUUUCUGUUUUUUCCCCUUUUCUGUGUUUUCUUUUCUGUUUUUUUUUCUUCCUUUUUCUGUUUUCCCCCCCUUUUCUUCUGUUUUCCCCCUUUUCUUUUCUGUUUUCCCCCCCUUUUCUUUUCUGUUUUUCCCCUUUUCUUUUCUGUUUUCCCCCCUUUUCUUUUAUGUUUCCCCCCUUUUCUUUUCUUCCCCCUUUUCUUUUCUUCCCCCUUUUUCUUUUCUUCCCCCCCCUUUCUUUUCUUCCCCCCCUUUUCUUUUCUUCCCCCUUUUCUGUUUUUUUCGCCCUUUUCUUUUCUGUUUUUCGCCCCUUUUCUUUUCUGUUUUUCGCCCUUUUCUUUUUGUUUUUCCCCUUUUUCUUUUCUGUUUUUUUUAAUUCUGGUCCCCCCCUUCUUCUGUUUUUUCUUCCUUUUUCUGUUUUUUCCCCUUUCUGUUUUCCUCCCUUUUUCUUUUCUUUUUUUCUUUUUCGUUUCGUUUCUGUUUUUUCUUUUGUUUUUCUUUUCUGUUUUUUUCCUUUUUCUUUUCUGUUUUUCCCCCUUUUCUUUUCUGUUUUUCCCCUUUUUCUUUUCUGUUUCCCCCCUUUUUUUUCUUUUCUGUCCCCCUUUUUCUUUUUUUUUUUCCCUUUUUUUUUUUCUUUUCCCCUUUUUUUCUUUUCUUUUCCCCCCUUUUUUCUUUUCUGUUUCCCCCCUUUUUCUUUUCUGUUUCCCCUCCUUUUUUCUUUUCUGUUUUCCCUCCUUUUUUCUUUUCUGUUUUCCCUCCUUUUUUCUUUUCUGUUUUCCCUCCUUUUUUCUUUUCUGUUUUUCCCUUUUUUUUUUUUCUGUUUCCCCCUUUUUCUUUUCUGUUUCCCCCUUUUUUCUUUUCUGUUUCCCCCUUUUUCUUUUCUGUUUUUUCCCCCAUUUUUCUUUUCUGUUUUUUCCCUUUUUCUUUUCUGUUCCCCCCUUUUCUUUUCUGUUUUUCACCUUUUUUCUUUUCCUUUUUCUUCUGUUUUUUCCCUUUUUCUUUUUCUGUCUCUCCUUUCUUUUCUGUUAUGCCUUUUCCUUAUCUGUUUUUUCCUUAUCUGUUUUUUCCUUAUCUGUUUUUCCUUAUCUGUUUUUUUCCUUAUCUGUUUUCCCCCUUAUCUGUUUUUUCCUUAUCUGUUUUUUUCCUUAUCUGUUUUUUUCCUUAUCUGUUUUUUUCCUUAUCUGUUUUUUCCUUAUCUGUUUUUUCCUUAUCUGUUUUUUUCCUUAUCUGUUUUUUCCUUAUCUGUUUUUUUUCCUUAUCUGUUUUUUUUCCUUAUCUGUUUUUUUUCCUUUUCUGUUUUUUUUCCUUUUCUGUUUUUUUUCCUUUUCUGUUUUUUCUCCCUUUCUUUACUGUUCAUUUUUUUCAAAUCUAUUUUUGCAGAUUUGUCAUUCCGUAGUGAGCGGAGUCGUUCUCGAGACCGAAUUGAUCCUGGGGGGAGAGUAGAAGAUGUAAGAGGAAAAGAUCUUGUCACACCUCCUGUCCCUGUUCCUAGGAUCAAGAAGAAAACCUUAGCUAGAAGACGAUGUCGAGCAUUAUAUGAUUGCCAGGCAGACAACGAUGAUGAAUUAACAUUUAAAGAAGGGGAGAUAAUUCUAGUCAUUCAUGAAGAGGAAGAAGAGUGGUGGGAAGGCGAAAUUGAGGGCCAGCCCAGCAGACGUGGUUUGUUCCCCACUGCGAUCACUGCUGACGGUGACUGCCAGCCUCCCCAAGAACACCACCUACAGCAGCCGCCGAAUAGUCGUGAUCCAUCGCCAUCUUACUUACUAUCCAUUUCUAGUUCCAGUUGUCAAUUGCACAGGGACAACGUAGACCACCUUGGAAACCAGUGUCUUCAGCAGAGGACGCUUGUUAUGGCCACCAGUGAUGACCAAUUAACCUCUUAUUUGUGUGUUACAGACGGACUGUGUGUGGUGGGGGAUUCUGACCAAGUGUAG